CCCACUUGCUUUCCAAAUUGAACCCGGCCGCCGAGGAGUUUCUCUCUCUCUCUCUUCACUUCAUGGGACGGCGAAAAAGCGGCGGCACCAAAGCUGAAGCUGACGGCCAGAAGAGCCAUGGGCUCGCCCUGGGCACCGCCUGCGUCGAGGGAGACAGAAUGGGGGUGGACGGCGAGGAGAUGGAGGAGAAGGCCGAGAGCUCCAACCUCGACGACUCGCCGUUGAUGCGCGGACAACACCAGCGCCGACUACUACUUCGUUCCUAUCCCCAUUUCGGUACUGCUCAUUUCGGUACGGCAAAGUGGAUGUAUAAGUCAGGCAAGAUCUACUUUAAUAAAACUCUUAAAGGUUAGUUUUCCAUUUCUUGAAAAUAAACAUCAAGCUAGACUAGUCUAGAAGAGUAUGAUCCCGACUGUUCUCUGGGAAAUUGGUUGCUCCAUGGGCAUCCUCAAGUUAUUCUAGCCUACCUGAAAUAUCAAUGGUCUCUUGGUGAUGAUCUUAAACGGAAGGAAGCAUUUUCUCAUUUACAGGAUUUAACUCUCCAAUUAGCUUCUACGAAUGCCCACUCCAUGACACCCUUUGUUCCGGGUAAUGCUCCUAAUUCUAGUAUUCCUCUCCUUGCUCGUGCAUAUCUGCAACUUGGGACCUGGAAGAGGGCACUUUCCCCUAUAUUAGAUGAUGACUCAAUACAAGAGAUCCUUGUACCCCUUAAAAAUGCUGCACAUUAUGCUAAGGCCUGGGCAAAAGCAUGGCAUAUGUGGGCCUUAUUCAAUACAGCCGUGAUGCCUCAUUAUACAUUAAGAGGUCGCCCUGAUGUUGCAGCAAAGUAUGUUGUUGCGGCUGUCACUGGAUAUUUCUAUUCCAUAGCUUGUGCAUCAACUGCUAAGGGAGUUGAUGACAGCUUACAGCUAAUGAUAUCAUCUUUCAGUAUGAAUGAAGCUGUAAAAAAUCUCAGCAGAAGGAAUAUACAAUGCUCAAACUGGACUGCUUUGCAUGGUUGGUUGUGGCUAUGUUGCUUCUUUGGUUGCUAAGCAGCAGAUGGAAAGAGGUGAGAUAAUGGACAGUGAAAUUAUUAUUGGCAUCCAAUUUGCUCCUCUGAAGCACAGCGCAGGGGAUAAAAUCACUGGCACAAUUAGGAGCACACGAGACAAGAUGGACCCAUUAUUCUUUGAGCUGUUUGGCAUUACAUCAUCAGCUAUCUAUACAGAGCAGGCAAUUCAGUCAAUCUGGCGAAUGGAUGUAGAAAUUAUCAUGGUUAUGAUUUCUCUCACACUGUCAUGUUUCUUUGUUGGAUUGCAGCUCUUCCAUGUGAAGAAGAACCAAGAAGUACUUCCAUCCAUAUCUAUUAUUAUGCUCAUCAUUCUCACUUUGGGGAGUAUGAUUCCUUUGGUGCUCUAUUAUUAUGCUACAUUGAAAGUGUGUUAUCUGAAAGAAAGAGAAGGAAAAUGUGUUUGGUGUUGCACACUGGUGCACCUUGAAUGACCAUCAGAUGGAAACAAAGGCGUUAACAGAAGAGGCAAUCUCAAUGGCUGAGAAGAAGAUGAACAUGAGCUUAGAUGAUAUUAUUAAAAUGUCGAAGAAAAUUGCUGCUAAAGGGAAAAGACCUCCGAGGCCUCCUAAUAGGAAUCCUUCCCAUGGUAAUGCCGUGCUACAUGGAUUCAUGGAUUCCAGAUCUUCAAUUAGACAGGGUGUGCUUGCAAAGAGAAGGUCAAAUGUUCAUGGGAAUCAAUUCCCAGUAAUUACAGAGAUGGCUAGGAAGGCUGCUGCCAUUUCUGUCCAGAACAGGAUGAGAAAUCCGAAUGGCGGAUGUGUAUUGACACCCCUUCAAAGGAGUGCUGAUGCUGACCCCGAUAUCAAGCAGCUUCAAGCCUUGGAUGCAAUCUUUGCAAAUAUGAAUGCGAUGAGGAUGGAUUUUGUGAUCGAAAAGAUUAAUCCUGGAGGCAGCAUGCAGUUGGUACAGAGGCCCUUUGGCUCAAGGCAGCAGCAAGGAAGAGGUGGUCGUCGCCCUCGAGGUGGUGUUCAGCCGGGACAAAGGUGCUUUGGCUCAGGGCAACGGCAAGGAAGAGGUGGUCCUCAUGGUGGUGCUCAUGGUGGGCGUCGUGCUGCUGAUAGAUCGCCUUCAGCUCACUGACUUUGCUAAAUAAGAACAGUUAGUUUGUUGUUGCCCAUCGUAAACAUGAGAAAGACAUUAUCAGUACAUCAGCCUCACAAUCAAAUUGUCCAAAGCUUUGCAACUACACAAUUAGGAAGAACCAAAAUUAUUGUACAACAAUUAGUUUGCAGUUUUUAAUUUAAGUGAGGUAUAAAUGAA